UUUGCAGCAAAGGAUAACGUCGCUCGUGAAGCUAUUUUGUCUGGUAUGCCCGCGCAGGAUGCUGAGAUGAUAUGCCAGGAAGACACGGCACAGGCGAUGUGGAACCGCUUCGUUGAUAAGCAGGCGAAGCGAGAGUACUCCAAUUACAUCAUCGCUCGUGCUGAGUUCUUCUCUAAUGUGUAUACAUCGGAGAAGAGCAUGGAUCAGUGGUUGCGCGAGAUGGAGUCGCUGCGCCAUCAGCUUCUACACUAUGGCAAGCGCGUGACUAAUGAUGACUAUGCGGAGACACUUUUGGGUCACGUCGCUCGUACCCAUCGCGGCGUGGUGCGGCAAUUCUCGAAGCAUUACAUUGUAUGGCGGGAUGGUGGGUCAGAUAGCCCGGUACCUACUGCUACCCAAGUAAUGAAUGCUCUACGCGCUGAAUCUGCACUGGACGAGAAAACAGGUGCUGAAGAGCAGAGGCCAGUGGGUGUUGCUGCGUGUGGUAAGCAGUCUACA